GUUCUUGCAGUGGGGGUAUCACGGUAUCGCGUCAGCCUGUCCGCGGCGCGCGACUCUGGCAAGAAGUGGCCCGAGCUUGCCGUCGAUUCCGUCAUCGCCGAGCUUGAGGGACCGUUGGCGAGCGUCGUCCACGCCGGGCAGUCCAAGGCGCUGACGACUAAGAUUGACACCAACUUGCGCGCUUUCUGGGCCGCCAUCGACGCGGCUCGCGGGCAGAUGGCUGGUCUUCUGCAGCGCGCGCCCGCUGCGCUGCAGCUGGUGGCCUCGCUCGAGAAGGAUCCGAAGUAUGUCUCCAGGGAGAGCGCCUCGCUGCUCCCCCAGCUCUUUUACAACUUCGAGAUGAAAUUCGGUUGGGCGCGGAUUGUUUCGCCCGUCGGGGCCAGCGCGGUGCUCGCGGAUUGGUCGGGCGCUUUCGGCAAGGCUCUGCAGAGAGCUUGCUACCCCAGGCAAAUCGCCGACGCCGUCGCUGGGUGCGUCGCCUGCGACCUGAUCGUCAAGGCGACCUUGGACGAGAUCUGGAGUGGCAUCCCGGCGGAGUUCAUGAGCGACGCCGUGCCUGCCGAGGUGGUUCCUCUCUGCCUGGGCGCGGAGGUUGCGGCGAACCUCACCCAGGGCGGCGGGGGCGCGAAGCUCUCGCAGCAGUUCCGGGUCUUGCAGGAUGGCCACGCUUGCGCGGGCACCAGGGCGAGCUUGAAGAAGAGACGCGGGGCCGAUGGGCCGAUGUUCGCGAGCGAGGGCUCGGAGGCGUGCGUUGCUGCCCGCUCCACGCUCGCCGUGGCGCGCGCCAGCUUGGCGAGGCCCUCCUCGGCCGAGUGCUUCGACGCCAAUCGGGGCGCCACUGGCGCAGACAUCGCCCCCAUUUCAGUCGCUAAGUUCGACGGCUGUUUGGGCGCGGCCGACCUCUCCAGCGCCUGCGCGCCUGCGUCAGCGGUGGAGAAGUGGGCG